GGGAAAAUGUCGCUGUCAUCAAGUUUGUGUUGACACAGUCGUGUUUCCAUUUGGGAUAUAAGUUAUUUUCAACAACACAGAAGUUCGUUAAGUGGUGUACCUGUGGCCCAUUCAUACAAUGCUAUCAGAGUGACAAACUGACCUUACACAAUGUCAACCAUAGAGAAAAUGAGCAUUCAGGGGGUGCGUAGCUUUGGUCCAGAUGAUUCCAACAAGCAGGUCAUCACAUUCUUCAAGCCCCUGACACUCAUUCUCGGACCAAAUGGUACAGGGAAAACGACUGUUAUCGAAUGUCUCAAGUAUAUGACAACAGGCGACAUGCCACCUGGAAGCAAGGGGGGAGCUUUCAUCCAUGACCCCAAGGUCGCCCAUGAGCGUGAAGUGAAGGGCCAGAUUCGUCUCCUGAUGAGGGACAUGACGGGUCAACAGUGUAGUGUACAGAGGUCCAUAACAGCAACACAGAAGGUGAAAAAGAUAGAGACUAGAACACUAGAUGGUGUGAUUACAAGAUGGGGACCGGAUGGACAGAAGAAGAGCAUCACUUCUAGGUGUGCUGAACUAGACAAGGAGAUGGUGACUGCACUGGGAGUGUCCAAGGCUGUUCUGGACAACGUGAUUUUCUGUCACCAAGAGGAGUCCAACUGGCCGCUGUGUGAGGGGAGAGCCCUGAAGGAGAAGUUUGAUGCCAUCUUUGCCUCGACCAGAUACACCAAGGUGCUGGAUACCAUCCGGAAACUCAAGCAAGAGCAGGACGGCCACAUCAAGCUCUACAAACAGGACCUGAAGUACCUAAAGGAGCAUAAGGACAAGGCGACUGAGCUGCAAUCCAACCUGGAGGAACUCAACAUCAAGUCUGUAGCUUCCAAGGAGUCUGUAGCAAAGAUUACUGAGCAGCUUGUUCCUAUAGAGGAGCGUCUUGAUAAAAUACAACAGAAUGCAAAUGAGAUAUUCAAAGUGAAGACUAAAAUUGAGAAGCUGGAGAGUGAGAAGGGCCAACUGGAGAAAAAUAUCCAGGAACUCCAGGACAACAUUGAACAUGAAUUUCAAGGGCCCACAGAGGAACUGAAGCGAGUCAUGGAGGACUUUGAGGACAAGCUUCAGGAGAGGAAGGACACAGUGCAGCAGAUGGAGCGACGGAAGGAGGAGCUGUCAACAUCGGCGGAUAAACUUGGCCGAGAGAAGUCACAGCUGCAGCUGGAGGUGGGCAAGCUGCAGCAGGAGGCUCAGACUCACAAACAGAAUAUUGAGAAGCGGGAUGAGCUGAUCCGUACCCUGGCUGUCCAGUAUGUGUUUGAAGGGUUUGAGAGAGGGCAAAUCUCCGACGAGAAAUAUAAGUCGUUCUUUGAAAAUGUCAGAACCAAACUGGAGGGAAUGGUUGCCGACACUCGGGACUUGAAGACGAGGUAUGAAGAUAAGGAGGCCUCCGUUCAGAAGAAGAUGGAUGACCUGCGGGACAGCAAGACCAAGCUGGAGCAGAGUGAGCGGAUCAAGAAAGACCUCAUGACCAAGAACUUGAUUGAGAUCCGACAGAUUAACCAGAAGUUGAGCCACAUGGAGGCAUCUGCCGGGAGACUUGACCAACUGACCAGAGACCUGAAGGGAGCGGAGCUGGACCUGAGCAGCACAGAAGGGACGGUCAACUUGGAGGAUCUGAAGAGGGAGAUAACUCUCCUCGACAAAGACAGACGGCAGCUGGACACAACUCUCAGUGAUCUGAACUCAGAGAUAAAUCGCCUGACCCGAGAGCUGGAGACCCAGACUCAGCUUGAUGGGAUGAAGAAGGAUAAGACUUCUAAAGAGGACCUCAUCCGCCGACUGAAAGCAAAACACGAGGACGGCCUGACCUACCUCCUGGGACUCAUGCCGACAACCAACAUCCGGGGACAACUUGAGGACUUUAUAGGACAGCAGACGGAGCAAGUGAAGCAGUGUUCUGCUGAGCUCCAGAAGGCCAGGACUGACCUCUCCUCCAAGGAGGCCGAAAAGAACAUGCUGGGAAAUCAGAUCAAGGAUGCUGAAAAAAAGCUGACAGGACUUGAAGAGAGGAUAUUUGAUGUGUGUGGCAGCCAGGACUUCGACGAUGGACUCAGGUCCGUGCAGACCAAGAUGGCUCAGACGCAGGAUAAACGUGGUUCACUUCGCGGCGCAGAACAUUUCUUCAAGAAGUAUCAGGAAGAUCUGGAGAAAGACAGUCCCUGUUGUCCCCUGUGUCACCGAGAGUUUUCCACUGAUCAGGAGGUCCGGGAACUGAUCCUAGAGCUCCAAGACAAGCUCCGGCUUGUGCCAACCCACCUGAGGAAGGCAGAGAAAGACCUGGAUGACUUCCAGCACAAGUACGACAACAUGACGCAACUCAAGCCUCUCAGGGAAAACAUCGUGACCCUGAGGGACACAGAGAUUCCACAACUGAAGAACAAACAGCGGCGCCUGAACGAGGAGAUCCAGAAACUCCGGGACCUGGUGCAGAACAAAGAGGAUGAGCUGCAGGCCAAGGAGACGGACGAGGUGACCGGGAAGGGCAUGCAGCCCGACAUUGUAAUGAUGGAUCGCUACUAUGGCGAGAUCAGAGAACUGGACAAGAAGAUUGCCACACAAAGCUCCAUGUUGUCUGGAGGAGACUCUGGACGGACCCUGGAGACUGUGAUUGGGGAAAAAGAAGACAAGCAGAUGCAGCUAGAUACCAUCAAUCGCAGGCUGGACCAUAAGAGACAGAAGCUGAGUGACCACUCAGAGCAUGUGCAGAAGCUGAGGUCAAAGAUGAACUCUUUGAAGGAAGAGAAGCUGAAGAUUGACAGUGAGCUGCAACAGCAGACGAAGUUGGAGGAGACAAAGACUAGCCGCAUCACCGACAACAAACUUCAUGAACAGGACAUCCAGGAAGCCAAGACACAGAUCGGACCACUUGAGGAGCAGAUUGAGCGCCAGCGCCAGGAGAAGAUGAAAUUGGUGGCUACCAAGGAAGACAAGCUUGACGGAGCCAAGGCGGAGAUUGACUGUGUGAAGUCGGAGGCCAAACAAGUAAAGGACGUCAACGGUGAAAUCAAGCUGUACAACCAGUCUAUGAAGGCAGACAGACUAGAAGAGCGUCAGGAACGGAUGUCGACCAUCACUACGAAGGAGACAAGUGUGAACCAGGAGCGUGAGGAGAUCACGGAGAAUGUCAACAAGCUCAGCAAGGACCUGGCCACUCAGCAGAUCCGAGAGCGGGAGUUGAUGGACAACCUUCAGCUACGGCAGAAGCAGAAGGAGGUGGGCCGUCUGGAGCGUGAGAUCGGCGUCCUGCAAGACCAGAUGGGAGACUUUGACACUGCCAACCUGGAGAGAGAGAGGAGGAAGUUGCUGCAGAAGGCAGAUGAGAUGCAGAAAGAGCGCAACAUCUGCAAAGGUCGUCAGGAGGGUCUGGACAACAUGAUCCGCAACACGAAGAAGGAGUUGCAGACCGACAUGUUCAAGGACGCUGGGUCCAAGUAUCGUGACAUGAUGAUCCAAAUGAGGACAACUGAGCUGGCCAACAGUGACCUGGAGAAGUACUACAGAGCUAUGGACAAGGCCAUCAUGAACUACCAUGUCCAGAAGAUGGACGAGAUCAACAAAAUCAUCCGGGAACUGUGGAGGAACACGUACCGAGGAAACGAUAUUGAAACAAUUGAGAUUCGUUCUGAUGACGAGGACGGCGCUGCCCUGAAGUCCCGCCGCAUCUACCACUACCGUGUGGUGAUGAUCAAGGGGGACACUGCUCUAGAUAUGAGAGGCCGGUGCAGCGCUGGACAAAAGGUGUUGGCAUCCCUGAUCAUCCGUCUGGCUUUGGCGGAAACGUUUUGUGUCAACUGUGGAAUUCUGGCCCUGGAUGAACCUACAACAAACCUGGACAGGGAGAACAUAGAGAGUCUGGCUUACGCUCUCGUCUCGAUUAUCAAGGCUCGGUCAUGCCAGAAAAACUUCCAACUGGUCGUGAUCACCCAUGACGAAGACUUUGUGGAACUCCUUGGGCGGUCAGAUUAUGUGGAUGACUUUUAUCAGAUGAGCAAGGACCAGUCAGGGUAUUCCUGCAUCACCAAGUCUAAAGUACAGAAUCUACAUCGAGGCUAAGGCACAACAGGGUAGUGCUACUCCACCAAGACAAAAAGCACAAAUGAUGUGAAACGUAUCUAUUGUCAACACCCUCUCUGUCAACAUGCAUCACUGUACACAUUAUCUUGUGUAUACAGCAUAACACUUUGUCUCUCAUCAACCAUGGCAUCUGCAGACUGAUGGGUAAUAUCACCGACAUAAGUGAUACACACAACGCAGUGAAGGUUCGUCAUUAUACUUCUCCUCCCAUCAAGUUUGCCAGAAAGGGCAAGGGAAAUCUUUCACAAAUGGGGGUGGUAAUCAGCAAUUCUGCAGAUAUGAAUGCCAGCUGCGGAACCACACCUCCAUGCUCCUGUAUGUGAUUUUGCUAUUGACUGGCACAGAAUUCCCGAGUGUCACAUAAUAUUGUCACUCACAUUAUUAAAUUUGAUUGAUCUGUGUUCAAAUCAAUUAGUUAAAAGAGAGUUAUUAGUAAUUUGUUAUUUCAUUAGUUCAUUUAUGUUUUCAAUCACUUAUUUUGUUAUAAAAUUAUAUAUACUGAUAUA